AUGAUGUUAAGUAGAUAGAAACAACUACUACAUAAACAUAUACUGGAUUGUGUUAAAUAUAUUAACAUAAAGUGGUAAUACACAAUUUUAAGAAUCUUCUAUAACCUUUAGGUUAAUUUGCAUUUCCUUCUUAAUUUUAACUUUUAUCACAUCUUCCUGUUUCAUAUUAUGAAAAAAAUUUAGCAUAGAUAUCAUGCAAGGUUAAAGCUCUAGUUCAAUCUAAAAAAUCUUCCUUCAAUUUUAUCAAGCAUAGUCAAAAACUCAUAAUUAUGGAGCAAUUAAGAGAAUCUAGAGUUGCUAAGGGUCAGGCUAUAUAUAUAACUUCCUAGAAGUGCUGUUUCCGAAAAAAGGAAUAAUGAAAAAAUUUUAAAUUUAGGCUUGUUAAGUUAAUGUUUUAUUGAUAAAUUUAAUUUUUUUCAGGAGAUGGAGUAAAUUUAACUAUUGACAUGGAUAAUUCUAGCUUAGAUUAACCAGUGCAUUCUUUAUCAAUAUGAUUAUAACAUAAAAUUAGUUGAUAAUGAAGGUAGCUAAACUAGUUUUAAUUAUUUAACUAAAGCAAGCUAAUUAAUUGAAGGAGUAGCAGCAAGCGGCAAGAAAUAAUUAAGCUUGAAGUUUUUUUUGAAAAACAAUGAUCAUUAUACUGAAUUAUUACCAUCAGUGAACUGUAUAUUAAUUAGUCAGAAUAUGAAUUAGUUAUUUCAGCCAAUGUGGAGUGUAUUAUUAAUAUUUAAUUUUUAGCCGAUUGCUGUUGCAAAUAAUAUUCAUCUAUUGAUUUUCCUAUUUAAAUCUUGUACCAGCAUUUUAAAGCAAAGAUCAAAUUUUAUAUGAACCUCCUAAUUUGA